AAUGCACACGACAAGAAACAUCGUCAAACUCAAAGAGCUCUUUUUGUUUCAUACACAUUUUUUACAAUAUUUUUGUUUUCUUAUACAUUACACUCCCAAACAUUUUCCAAAAAUAAUAAUAAUAAAUAAACUCAAAUGGAUAAAAACAAUGAGUCUCCGGCACCGGAAUCGUCGUUGGCCGUAUGUCACCCGGCAGUGGCACCACUCUCAUACCUUCUUGGAAAAUGGAGAGGAGAAGGCGAAGGAGGCUACCCCACCAUCAAUUCCUUCUCUUAUGGUGAAGAACUUCACUUCUACCAUCCACCCAACAAGCCUGUUAUAGGGUACACUCAGAAGACAUGGAAACUCAGUUCUGGAGAGCCUAUGCAUUCUGAGAGUGGAUAUUGGCGUCCUAAACCUAAUGGUACUAUUGAAGUUGUCAUUGCUCAAAGCAAUGGUCUUGUUGAAGUUCAGAAAGGGACAUUUAGCACUGAAGAUAAUGUGAUACAGCUUCAAAGUGAACUGGUGGGGAAUGCUUCCAAGGUUACAGGGAUCCAAAGAUGUUUCCGACUAGUUGAAGGGGAUCUUUGUUAUGAGGUUGACAUGGCUACCAAUAUAGUUACCCUUCAGCCACACUUGAAAGCAAAACUGAAGAAGCUCUAAACCAAAUAGUGGACAUGGCUUGAGGCCAUCAACUGAAAUAUAUUUAUAUUUUGUAUUACAUUGUAACACCUACUUAUGUAGACCCUUGUAAUUUUCUUUUCUAAAACUGUGUAAUUACUUUGGAUACAACUUACAUUAUUGAGGUUAUAGAGUCUACAAAAUUUUCAAUGAAGUGACACUAGUGUGGUAUUUUCACCUCA